CUCCCUCCCACCAUCACCACCCUCAUCCCUCCAUCUCUGAUGGCUCUAUGGGGAGUCGUCAGCCUCAGCCUUCACUGCUGGGUGUGUUUACAUUCUGCGGUAACAGCAGCAGCUGUAGCAACUGCCAGCCUUCCCAAUGACAAGCCUGGGGGCCCUCUGGACUGGCUCCUGUCUGACAAAGGGCCUUUCCACCACUCCCCAGAGUACAUUGACUUUCUGGAGAAAAACCGGCAAGGCUUCUCCACCAGAUACAAGAUAUACAGGGAGUUUGGGAGAUGGAAGGUGAACAACAUGGCCGUGGAAAGGAGAGAUUUCUUAGAGUCUUCGUUACCUCUGACUCCUGAGUUCACCAGGAACAUCCGAAUGCUGGGCCGCAGGCCCACCACCCAGAUGAUAACUGACAAUCUGAUCAGGAAGUAUGGGACUCACUUUCUGCUGUCAGCUACACUAGGAGGGGAAGAGGCCUUAACGAUAUUUGUGGACAAGAGGAAAUUGAGUAAGAAGGCCGAGGUGAGCGAUUACUCGAGUAACUCCUCCACCGUGACUCUGGAAGCUCUGCACCAGCUGGCCGCCUCUUACUUCAUCGACAGAGAGAGCACUUUGCGCAAGCUGCACCACAUUCAGAUCGCCUCCACUGCCAUCAAGGUGACAGAGACCCGCACAGGUCCUCUUGGAUGCAGUAACUAUGACAACCUUGACUCUGUCAGCUCUGUGCUGGUUCAGAGCCCUGAAAAUAAAGUCCAACUGCAAGGCUUGCAGGUGAUCCUCCCACAAUACUUGAGGGAAAGCUUUGUGCAGGCUGCUCUGAGCUACAUCGCCUGCAAUGGAGAGGGGGAAUUUGUCUGCAAGGACAACGACUGCUGGUGCCAUUGUGACCCCAAGUUCCCAGAGUGCAACUGCCCCUAUAUGGACAUCCAAGCCAUGGAGAAGAGCUUGGAGAGGAUCACAGAGACAUGGGGGAUGCUCUAUAAAGAGUUUGAGGAAUCCGAUGAAUUCAAGGCGUUCCGUGCGAGUCUCCCCCAGAACUAUUUCCUGAAUGUGUCCGGCAUCCAACACUUGUGGUCAAUGGACAACUCGUUCCACUGGCGCUAUGAGCAGCUGGAGAACAGCAUGCGGGUCCUCGCCAGCCGAGCCCACAGAGUCAUCUUCAAGCUCUUCAGUCUCAGUAAAAGAUGUCAUCGACAGCCGCAUGUGCGACUACCGAGAGAACGGCCUCAGUCCUACUGGCUGAGUCACUUGCAGUCUCUCCUGUAUUGCUCGGAGAACAACCAGCUUGGUGCUUUCUCCGAGGAGCUCCACAGCUGCAGCUGCCGAUACGACCACAGCCCUUGUCAGCUGCCGCCGCCCUGCUUCAUUGGGGAGGGCUCUGCAUGCGAGGCAUGUGCACCAGAAAACCACACCCGCUGCGGGAGCUGCAACCCGGGCUUUGCCCUGACGCAGGGGGCCUGCAGGUCCAUGGUGGCGGACACUACGGAGAACUACCUGGGAUUCGAGAUGGACCUCCAGGAUUUGGAGCUGGGCUACCUACUACAGAGAAGUGACCGCCGGCUAGAGGUCCACGCAAUCUUCAUCAGCAAUGACAUGCGACUCAACAGCUGGUUUGACCCCUCGUGGAGAAAGAGGAUGCUGCUGACGCUGAAGAGCAACAAGUACAAGUCCAACAUGGUCCACAUGUUGCUGGGAGUAUCCCUCCAGAUCUGCCAUACCAAGAACAGCACACUGGAGCCUGUCCUCACUCUCUACAUCAACCCCUUUGGAGGGAGCCACUCAGAGAGCUGGCUUAUCCCUGUGAAUGAGAACACGUUUCCAGAGUGGCAGUCCACCAAGCUGGACCUGCCCUUCGAGUGCUAUAACUGGACUCUGACGCUGGGCAACAAGUGGAAGACCUUCUUUGAAACCAUCCACAUCUACCUUCGGAGCAGGAUAAAGACUCAACAGGGAGUGAAUGACAGCAUGUAUUACGAGCCUUUAGAAGUAAUGGAUCCGGCUCGGAACCUGGGCUACAUGAAGAUCAACAGCAUCCAGGUGUUUGGCUACGGCAUGCACUUUGACCCAGAGGCGAUUCGCGACUUGAUUCUGCAGCUGGACUACCCGUACACCCAAGGGUCCCAGGACACUGCCAUGCUUCAGCUCUUGGAAAUACGAGACCGGGUGAACCGGCUGUCCCCUGCGGGGCAACAGAGGUUGGAUCUGUUUGCUUGUCUUCUGCGACACCGUCUCAAACUUACUGCCAGCGAGGUGGUUCGCAUUCACACCUCCUUACAGGCCUUCAACUCACGUCUGCCCAAUUCGUUGGAUUACGAGACCACCAAGUUGUGCAGUUAACAGUUGCUUGAAGAGAGAUCUGGACUGUCCUGUACUGAACUCACAUCAGAAUGGUGCCCAUUGUGGUGCAGACGCUUACAGCUGUGCUCUGUCUCUCUGGAUUACCAAAUUGUAUGGUAAAACAGGAGAGAACCAGCUGUGGACCGCUGAAGAAUGUACUCAUCUGGCUGUUUUGGUUUCUGUUUUGUGGCAACUAACUUCAGCGCUAGUUCAUAAAGAAUGAGGUGGACCAGCGAGAAAACGCACAACUGAUUCACAAGAACAAACUAUUCGAUGAAGAAUCCUACAGUACAAAUUAAAAUACGUUAAAGUUGAACCAUCCUGUUUCAAUAUGACUCUGCUCAUUUAUACUGUAAGUACCAAUGCCAAAUCAAUGGACAUUUUAUGGUAAAAAUGGUUAAGUAUGUUUGUUUGUAACUUUUAUAUGUUCCUUUGCUUCAGUGACCGUGCACUUUCAAUGAAGACCAGAAUACAGUGGUGUCAAGUCAACAUUUCGUAGAUAAAUUGAU